AUGACGUCUCAAGCGUCUGAAUUUGCCAACACUGCGAACAACAUGGAUUCUGCAACUCGCCCAACUCAGGAGCAACCUCCGGCCCUGGCUGGCCAGGCUACGGAUGCCUACGACCACGAGUCCAUGCACAAGGCACAUCCCAGUCAGGUUCGCUUCUCGACCAUCACCGAAGAGAUCGAACCGCCCGAGUUAUCGGAAGCUCUCCAGACCCCCCCGCCGGACUCCUCGGCACCUCGGAAAGAUGACGAAGACUUGCGCGCUUUAGCGGCGAGCCUCCAGUCAUCGCAAUUGCAGGAGACCCGGCUGCGGAACUUUUCCUACGAUCCGAUCUCUCUUCCAUCAUCAAGGGCCGUCUCCCGGGAGUCCAGCAAUCGCAGUGCCCGAGAAAUGAAUGGUUCCGUCUUGCCAUCUCCCCGGGCGUCCCCCAUGCAAUCGCCUCCUUUGACACCGGCAGCCACCCAUUCUCGUGAAGCGAAACAUCACGACGUUCCUCCUGUCGCCCAUCCGACGAACAGCGUGGCCGCAAUGACCCCACAGACCUCUCCUCCCGUGAUCGGCGAAACGAGAGGUGUCGCCCAGAGCGCGCCCUCGUCCCGACCGUCGUCAACCGAUCAGUUGGCCAAGCAGAUCGAUGUGUCGAAAACGUCAUCUCACCCGUCGAACGGAGGCAAGCAUCGGGCCCAAUUUUUCCUCGGACCCGGAGCCGAAGCCAGCUCUCAGGAAGAAAGUCCGCCCAUGACUCCGAGAGAGUUCACCCCACCCGGCACCAUCACACCGGUUGGAGAACCCAAUGAUCCCUACGCUCGCAGCAAGCGGCCGCCGCAAUCCAAGAACCUCACUCAGAUUGAUGCCCGCUUUAUCUUUGGGGGCCGUGAUUCCAAACGCCGCAGCCAGCACUCGUCCACAUUUGGUCGCCCUGGCACCCCCCGCUCCGCCAGUGCGGGGGACCUCAAGUCCAGUGACAAGCGGAGUGGCAUCUUCAGCAGCCGGAAGGACCCGCGACAGAGCGAGGGAGAAGGGAAACAUCAUGGCCAUAUGUCGGAGCUCAAGCGGUUCUUCAAGAUGGGCCACCACAAACACAAGCGAGGGGAGUCCCCCUCCUCCUCCUCCGCCAUGCCCAAGCGCUCGAGUCGCUCUUCCGCCAAGAGCACCCCUUCAGAGCAAGUCCCAUUUGCCGAUGACCAUGGAUUGAACUCGAAAUACGGCAAGCUCGGCAAAGUCUUAGGCUCGGGUGCCGGUGGCUCGGUCCGGUUACUGAAGCGCAACAGCGAUGGCGUGACGUUUGCUGUGAAACAGUUUCGGGACCGCCAUUCGUGGGAGACAUCGAAGGAAUACUCCAAAAAGGUCACCGCUGAAUUCUGCAUUGGGUCCACGCUUCAUCACGGCAACAUCAUCGAGACUCUGGACAUCAUCCACGAAGGGAACCAUUGGUACGAGGUCAUGGAGUAUGCGCCUUUUGAUCUGUUUGCCAUCGUCAUGACCGGGAAGAUGUCGAAGGACGAGAUCGCCUGCUGUUUCAAGCAGAUUCUGAGUGGAGUGGCCUAUCUACACGGAAUGGGCCUGGCCCAUCGCGAUCUGAAGCUCGACAACGUCGUGGUCAAUGAACAUGGCAUCAUGAAACUGAUCGAUUUUGGAAGCGCCGUUGUCUUCCGAUACCCCUUCGAGAAUGACAUUGUCCCUGCUUCUGGUGAGUCCAACGCCCGCUUGGUUCGGGGAUUGUCCGUUAACGAGAAUUUGGCUACAGGCAUCGUCGGAUCCGAUCCUUACCUCGCCCCCGAGGUUUACGACGAAAAGAAAUACGACCCCCGCCCUACCGAUAUCUGGUCUUUGGCUAUCAUCUUCUGUUGCAUGACUCUGCGACGGUUCCCCUGGAAGCAACCCCGCGUUAGCGACAACUCAUACCGGCUUUUCGUGUCCAACCCAACACCCGGAACUCCAGUUCCCGAUGCUGAUCCCAAGCGUCACCGACCCAUCAAAUCAGCUCCCAAUCUGGGAGCAGUGGCCGACGAGAGCAAGCCAGAUCAGUCAGCGGAGGAUAAGACCGGACCCAGUGAAGCAUCGGCGCAGUCGGAUUCGGAAAAGAAACCAGUCAGGUCGACUUCCGCUACCAGCGAGGAGAAUCGGCUCCCGGAGAGUCCCAAGGACCAGACGAAUGGGAACCUCAACAAGACCACCCGGACAACAAGCAAAGAGGCACCUCCACUCCCCGCUUCGGCGCAGGCAGCAAGCCAACGUCAGGAAGUGAUCAAGGGUCCCUGGAGACUCCUCCGGAUUCUACCCCGUGAAAGCCGAUAUAUCAUCGGUCGCAUGCUCAAGGUCAGCGUCAAGGACCGGGCCACUCUGGAUGACGUUUUGACCGACGAAUGGGUUCGAAACAUCCAAGUUUGUCGUCAAGAGGUUACUGGCGAGGUCACCAAAGCCGACAACCAUACCCAUGUUCUGGAGCCUCCCUCCCCUUCGCAGCCGGUCCCCAGCAAGGCCAAAUGA